AUGACCAUUGUUUCCCUUCUUUAUCUACUCGUUGGGGUAAGCCCCAUCUGGUUCGGCGUCCGGCUUAUCCAGCAUCGUCGGCUUUACAAAGACCUGCCCAAACCCCCACAUAGCUUCCUUUGGGGCCAUCUGAAAUUAUUUAGCGAUGUGAUGAAAUUGUUCCCCUCCAACACCGCGCUGUCCGUAUUUUACACAACAAUUGCACGGAAGUAUGAGCUCCGCGACAUCUUCUAUUUGGACCUAUGGCCAUUUGGCCCCCCGCAAAUGGUAUUGAUUGCCCCAAACGCUGCGGAUCAGGUUACGGUUGUGAAAACAUAUCCACUCCAUGACGAAGUUCCCCGAUUUGUCGGCUCGCUGUUGGGUGAUAAGUCUCUCCCGGCAGCCGACGGAGAGAUGUGGAAAAAGUUACAUCGCAUGAUUGCCCCGGGAUUCCGGCCCUCAUCCCUGAGGCAAAUGAUGCCGGUUACUGCGGAACAGACAGUUAAGAUUUUCCUUCCGGCUCUGACCGCGUAUGCGUCAACCGGCGAGGCCUUCUCAAUGGAGAAAGUCGCGGCCCAGCUCAUAUUUAGUAUCAUCAGCAAAAUGGUCAUUGGUGGGUCCCUAUCCAAGCAAAACCAAAGCCAGAUGCUUUAUGAUAUCGAUCGGAUCCUGGAUUACGCGCAGUCAAUAGCCGUCGCGAGCGGUACAAACCCGGUGAAGAGAUGGACAAAGUGGUGGAGAAAGAGACAAGCGGUACAGAGAAUAGAUCAUUUCCUGUGCUCGUUUAUUGAGAAGCGCCGCUUGGCCCACAGCGGUGGAUAUUUCGAUAGCUCUCAAGGGACAAGCAUCUUGGAUCAUAUGAUAUCUGAGAUGAAUUCUCAGAAUCCGGGUAAAUUGGACAUGAGCUCUGUUCAAGUUCUCAUUGAUAAUAUAAAGGCGCUUCUCGUUGGUGGGUACGGAACAACAACUGAUACACUUUGCUUCAUUUUCAUCAUGCUCUCUUUCCAUCCAAAUGUGAUGGCAAGGAUCCGACGGGAGCACAGCCAAGUUUUCAGUGCAGAUUUAGUCAAAACGCAAGAGAUUCUACAAACCACGCCAAACAAAACAACAGAGCUUUUAUAUACGACGGCAGUAAUCAAAGAAACCCUUCGGCUCUUCCCUGCCGGUUUCAGCGCUCGGAAAACGAAACCUGGAAUCGACACGCUCCAGUAUAAGGGAAAGUCAUACCCAGCUUCCAACCAAAUGAUCAUUCCUUGCACACAUGCCAUUCACUUUGAUCCAGAGGUUUUCCCUCAACCCUCGUCUUUUGACCCAGAAAGAUUCCUGGAGCCGAAUAAGGUCCCCCGAGACGCCUGGCGGCCAUUUGAGCGCGGAGCCCGGGCAUGCCUUGGCCAGGAGCUGGCAAUGGAGGAGCUUCGAAUUGUGCUCCUACUGACUGUUCGGAAUUUCGACCUAGAGUGUGCAACUGUCGAAGCACGAAAGAUGCCCAGAGCUCCGUUCACAGACUUGGAUUUGCUGAUGGGCGACUUGGCAUUCCAAGAGAUGGCGCUGUCUGCCAAACCGCGGGGGGGAGCGAUGAUGAAAGUGACUUUUGCUAUAUAA